CUUUUGUUUAAUUAAAGAUAAUAAAAACUUUUGGCAGUUUAAACAGUCAAUAAAAGAGUCAAAUAGUUUCACUCUUGUCAAGUUAGGGAGAUAUGACAGUUGAGUUUGCAGUUGAUAAACCUUUCUUAUCAAAUUUAUCGACACCUUUUCUGUUUUGUUAUUGUAGACCGCAGUGUGCUCGCAACAACAUAUUUACGGGUAGUCUAGAUAUGCUAGUUUCUUGAUUCGACUUUGUUUACGCUUAAUUGUUUAUAAAAUGACUCACUUUGUUUGUUGGACCUUUGCGAAAACAAAGAACAAAAUAAGUCAAGUCUUUUGGCUCUGUGGCUCUGUCCUUUUAAACUCAUGCACUAAAAGUGAAUAAAUAAAUGAAUAAUGAGAAAAUAAGCAAGAAAUCAAACUCACUGCAGGAAACUGAAGCUCAAGUUGUCGGCUGCACAUUUUAUUAUUUUUUGAUUAGUUAAAAUAAUUGAUUGCUCUUUUAUUAACCAAAAGUGUCCAAGCAGCUGCUAAGAAGCUUUGAUAAAUAUCUAGCCAAUAGCGUACUGAACGAUAAAUGGGAGUAGCACUACAAUACAUGCACUUAUAACGCCUCCGAACUGUAAGAAGACUUAAGAGUCUUCAGAAUAUUCACCUAAACUACAGAGCUCGAUGGUCGCCCGAUUGCUGCGAAGCUCCGGCAUCGCUUUAUUCGUCCUCGUCUGCAGCACUACGGCUCUUUACAUACCCAGUUACUCCUAUUUGGAUGAUGUGGAACUAAACUACAAAAAUGGGACUUGGCGAUGUGACUUGCUUAUUUGUCCCAAUUCCACCUACGCUUGUACGAUUUUAAAGGUGAACGAUCCCAAAAGGCCACAUCUGUUGAAUCGUACAAACAUCUGCUAUGAUCGCAAUUGGAAUAUUACAGGCUCGCACUCACAGCCGGAAAAUAUGCCGGCCCCACAGCCAAGUUCGGUAUAUGUGGCAUUGCAUUCGCGCGUCAACGCGACUUUGGAUUGGUCCAUCUCUUAUGGCUUGAAGUCGCAGUUUGUCAAUGCAUCAUUGGAGCCCCAGAAUUUUUCGGUUUUAAAGCAAGACACUAGAAAUUUGAUAAAUGCAAUGGAUAAUAGUUGGUCGCAGAUCAAUAGGACAUUUAGGCGUAAGAACCGAGACUGAGCAAAUAUAAUAUGUACAUACAUGUAAUACAGAAGCUGCAAACGGCAGCAUUGUUUUAUUUAUGGUGAGGAGUUUCAUCACAACAAUUUGUUCGAAAACCAAACAGAAGGAUUUUCAGCGCGCCUGCUGAUGAUCGCUUCUGUUACGACAUGUAUCGGGUUUGACUUUCCACGACCAUUUUAUAAUUACCACCCUUUAUCGAACAAAAAACAACAAGUUUGUCGCUUCUUAAGAGCCCAGAAAACCCAACUCAGUCAAAGCGAUCUACGUGUGACUGAGAGUGAGUCAGAUCCUCCAAGUCGUCCUAAUUGUUAAUGUAAAAACAUCAAAUUACAUGUUUCGUUUGGCUGAACUGAAAUGUAUAAUCAUUGUUAUCGGCGCGAGCACACAAUGAAUGAUACUGUUAUCUUGAAAAAAUUUCCAAAACAAUAGAAGCAUAAAAAGAGUAACAGUACUAAAAAGUGAAGUAGACAGUAAACUGCUUGAAGAGUCUAAG